UAUUACACAUGUAUUAGUCUAGCGUGUAGUUUUAAAAUACAAACAUGUAUUAAAAUACUUAACCCUCCAAUUAGUUAUUUAUCAUGAAACUAUAAACUAUAAUUUAUUUUAUUUUUUGACAAAAACUAUUUCUUGUCGAAUUACUAAUAUUUAUAUAUCAUUAUUGUACGUCCUAUAUUACACAUGUAUUCGUCUACGUGUAGUUUUGAAAUACAAACAUGAAGCAUCUAUGUUUAUCAAAAAAAAUGGAGCAUCUAUGGCACCGUUCACACGAUAAGGUCUAGGUCGUAUAUAUAUUAAUUAAAAAUAACCACUUGUGUUACUCGCAUGAGACUUUUCUACAGCUAAAGAUGUCAUCUAAACAAUGACGGAGACUCCCGUAUUACCAAACCGGUCGAGUUAUUUAGGUUUUCUCUUGCUAUAUAAAUGACCAAAGUGUUCUCUCUUUUCUUCAUAUCAAUCAGAGAGAACCAAACAUGGAUCCAAACUCCGACAACAACCAAAGAUGGGAGGCGAAGCUGAAGGACUUAACUUCCAACGUCCAGCAGAUACAAGACAACUUGUUGGAGGAGAUACUCACACCAAACCUGAACACAGAAUACCUCCAACGUUUUCACGUCGAGAGGUUUGAUAAAGAGCUCUUCAAGAAGAACGUACCGGUCGUGUCCUAUGAAGAGAUUAAGCCUUAUAUCGAUCGUGUCGUGAACGGAGAGUCAUCCGAUGUAUUAUCGGCCCGUCCUAUUACUGGUUUCUUGCUAAGUUCUGGAACUUCGGGAGGAGCACAAAAGAUGAUGCCAUGGAACAACAAGUACUUGGACAAUUUAACAUUUGCAUAUGAUCUUCGUAUGCACGUUAUAACCAAGCAUGUGAAAGGUUUAGAACAAGGAAAAGGGAUGAUGUUUCUCUUCACUAAACAAGAAGCCAUUACUCCUUCGGGCUUACCUGCUCGAGUAGCAACCAGCAGCUAUUUCAAGAGCGAAUAUUUCAAGAACCGGCCAUCCAACUGGUACUACUCGUACACGAGCCCUGACGAAGUCAUACUAUGCUCUAACAACACACAAAGUCUAUACUGCCAUUUGCUAUGUGGCUUGGUCCAAAGAGACGAGGUUGUGAGAAUGGGUUCCAUCUUCGCUUCAGUCAUGGUCCGAGCGAUCAAAUUUCUUGAAACUUAUUGGGAAGAGUUAUGUUCAAACAUCCGUUCAGGCCAUCUCAGCGAGUGGAUCACAGACCUCGGUUGUCAUAGUUCCGUGUCUUUGGUCCUUGGAGGACCACGUCCUGACUUAGCAGACACGAUUGAAACAAUAUGCAACCAGAGUUCUUGGAAAGGUAUAGUCACAAGACUUUGGCCAAACACCAAGUAUAUUGAGACCGUUGUUACUGGUUCAAUGGGACAAUACGUUCCCACCAUGAACUACUACUGUAACGACUUGCCUCUCGUUUCGACAACGUACGGUUCUUCGGAGACAACGUUCGGGAUCAACGUAGAUCCUUUGUGCAAACCUGAAGAUGUUUCUUAUGCGUUCAUGCCUAACAUGUCUUACUUUGAGUUCAUAACAAUGGAUGGAGACAAGCGUGAUGUGGUCGACCUUCAAGAUGUGAAGCUUGGGUGCACUUACGAACCCGUGGUCACAAACUUCUCUGGUUUGUAUAGAAUGAGGGUGGGAGAUGUUCUAUUGGUGACUGGUUUCUACAACAACGCACCUCAGUUUAAGUUUGUAAGAAGAGAGAACGUUGUCUUGAGCAUAGAUUCAGACAAAACCAACGAGGAAGAUCUCUUUAAAGCUUUGAGUCAAGCCAAGCUUGUUCUUGACUCAUCAGAUCUCACCCUUGUAGACUUCACCAGCUAUGCAGACACCUCAACGUUUCCGGGUCAUUACGUGCUUUAUGUGGAAGUAAAGGCCAAAGAAGGGAACAGUCAUUUGGAGCUCAAUGAAGAGGCCUUCUCAAAGUGUUGUUCAGUGAUAGAGGAUUCACUUGACAAUGUUUACAAGAGAUGUAGGUUCAAAGAUGGAUCAGUGGGGCCUUUGGAGAUACGAGUGGUUCCUCAAGGGACGUUUGAUUCUCUCAUGGACUUCUUCAUCAAACAAGGUGCUUCCAUUGGUCAAUACAAGACUCCUAGAUGCAUUAAAUCAGGAAAGGCCUUAGAAUUUAUGGAGAACUAUGUGGUUGCAAGGUUCUUUAGUACUUGAAAUUGUUGUUCUUUGAAUUGUUGGUCCAAGUGACUCGUGGUGGAGUCUUAGUUGCAAUAAAUUUACAUGUGCCAGUCUAUCUUGUGCACUUUCUGAAUAUUGCUAUUUUGUAGUAUGUUUUUCACUAGUUUUUCUGAAUAUUGAUAUUUUGUAGUAUAUUUUGAACAAGGCCAACA